AGUGUUUAAAAGACACUUAGUGGGCAUGAAGCACCAAUUUGCUUGGCUGUAAAGGGAGAGACAGACCAGUUUGUUGCAAUGUCCGAGUGGUGUAGAUGUGGAAUCAUAAUCAAUGCACUUUCCUUCGGUUAUAAUGCUUGGGGAUAUUGACGAUGAUCUAGCAAGUUCCUGCAGCCCUGAUGAACUAAGCGACAACACUGAUAGCCCCUCCCCAAUUAGCCAUUCAAAUUACCACGGCAACAGCGAUGGCAUAGAAAGUGAUCUCGGUGACCAGAGUUUCAGCGAGGACGACCAGGACAUAACAGAGCGAGUAGAAAGGCGCAGCCCACUCGGCAAGAUUGGCAAGGAUCCAGAGAAUAGGGUCAACUUGGAGGAAUAUCUGAACCGAAGUGAUACUGCAGUGAUUUACCCCGAGCCAGUGGAAGACAUUGAUAAUGAUAGUACUGCUGGAAAUGACUGUGAGGAUGGUAAACCUGUAGACUGCCCAUACUGCGAUCGUUCCUACAAACGCAUCACAUCCCUCAAAGAGCACAUUAAGUACCGUCACGAGAAAACCAUCAGCAACUUCUCCUGUCCCGAGUGUAACUACUGUUUUGCAUACAAAUCGCAACUCGAGCGGCACAUGGCAACACACAUGCCAGGCCGUAACCAGGUCUGUGACAUCUGCAACAAAGCCUUUGUCAACAUCUACCGACUACAGCGACACAUGUUGACCCACUCAUCAGGCAAUCGUAAGUUUAAGUGCAGCGAAUGCGGGAAGGCAUUCAAGUACAAGCACCACCUUAAGGAGCACCUUCGAAUACACAGUGGGGAGAAACCUUAUGAGUGUCCAAUCUGCAGGAAAAGAUUUUCCCAUUCGGGAUCAUACAGCUCCCACAUUAGCAGUAAGAAGUGUUCUCCGAUGAAAGAGAAUCCUGUGCUCGUUUCACGCAUACCAGCUCCUGUAAAGGUUAUGAAUGGCAGCUUGUCCCCUGUAAUACAGCAUCCCGUCUCAAUCCAAAAUACCACUGUUGAGGAAGACGCCAAAUCAAUAUUGCCAGAGAGUAAGAUGCCUUCCUAUAUGACCCAACUACACAUUAAGAUACCAGGCUCAGAUAACAUGAAAGAGAGUGAGAAGAAAGAGGAUUCCAGCUCAGAGCCUCUUACUACUCCACCAAAUGAGGCCGUCAAAAAAGUAUUGCAGAUAGUAGAUGCAACUGUCAGUAAGUUGAAGAUGCAGGGGCAGAAUACUGAUAUUUCUAAACUCACAAAGGUUUCAAAAUCAGCUGCAGUUCCUACUCAAGCUCCACUUUCUGCCCCUCUUCCAGCCCCAGCAGCACCCCUUGUCACCCCAACAGCACCUCUACCAUCACCACCACCACCCCCAUCUCCAUCUGCUGGCAAUGAAUCUCCCAAACUCCUCAGCCCAACACCAUCAACGACAUCAUCACUGGCAAGUUUGGCUUCCCCAUCAAGUCCAGAGAAAGUGGUCCUGCCAGAGAUAUCCAAGGAGAGGUUAUCUUCCACACAGAAUGUCAUUUUUCCAGUAAACGGGGCCAAGCCAAACAAAAUCUAUAGCAUUGUAGACUAUACCCUACGCAAAGUCCAUGAAGCUCAAGCUAUUGCUAAAUGUUUAGAAUCUCAGCGCGGAUACGGCUGUAUGCCAUGUUUAGACAACAAGGGUACUGGUUGUAAGUACUGUGGCCGGGACUUUGAAAGCCCAAUUGAACUCCACCAGCAUGAGAGGUAUUUAUGCGAGCUAAAUGAAGAUGUACAGAAAGUCAAGGGUUAUAAUUCAAACCUGACCAAGUAUUACGAGUACCAGAGAGAGGUCCUUGCUAAUAUGGAUCAAGCUAGAGAGCGAACACCUUCAAGUGACUCAGAAAUGAAUGAUACAUUAAGCAAUACUAUGAGCGAGACUGAAAGUCUUGCCUCACCUCUCUAUUCGGUCCAUAGUUCCAAGGAAUGCAAUGGCAAUCUUCCUUCUAAAGAAAACGACAACUCUACAAUUUCUGAAAUAAAUAAGAAUGACUUGGAUGUAAUAUCCGAGGCCCAGGAACAUGCCCUAAGGGCUUUUUACGCUAUGCAUGCUCGCCCAUCAGAGGAUGGACUAGAGAAAAUAUCUUCGGCUUUGACUCUGCAAGCCACCCUUGUAGAUCUGUGGUUCAAGCGGACACGAAAAUUAGAAGAAGAGGGAUGUGAUCCUUCUCUGAAGAGCUUAGGUCUGAUGAAGAAAAACUGUAUCAACAACAACCUGCUGCGCUCACAGUCACCAGCGAAGCAAAUUCAUGUAAAUAGCAAUACUGAUGUCUUUGAAACAGUUUCAAAUGCAAGCCGUUCAAGAGUCACUUCACCAGAGCAAUUAUACAGCCCAAGAGCUUCUUCAUCACCUAGAAGCACUGGAACAAUAGAGGCAUACGCAAAUGACAAGUUAGAACAACUCGAAUUAUCUCGCCGCCAAAAUGGUCUGAUGAAUCUCAGCCUAAGGGAUCAGGAGGAGGGCUCCAACUCCAAUUCUCCAGUCAUUGAAUCUUCCAAGCCAUCACCAAGGCAAAUCUCUGUCAAUGAUGCCCCACUGGAUCUAUCCAUGCCUAAACACAGGAAUCUUCCCUUGUCUUCCAUGUCUCCUAAGCUUGUAUAUGGCUACAACUAUCCACCACUUUAUACAACAGCCGGUAGCUACAUCUUCCAGUCCUACAAUCCAGACGGUUCACGUGCAAACCUCUGUCUGGAAAAUACUCUGAAAGCCCAUUCCCAUUGUCCAAAUGGCAACCUGGUACUGAAGCGACCAUUUGUUGAGCCCUACUUUGCCUACGUUCCAAUGCCCAAUGGUUAUCCACCUAAGAGGAUGAAGUACCCUGAAGGAAUGGAGUUUGUUAACCGAGCUUCUUACCCGACGAGUCCCUUGACGGAGGCGUAUGCAUCGGCAAUGAUGAAAGGUGCUGGAUUCCCACCAAUCACUCCUCUACAAGUAGAGACACCACAAACACCAACCUAUCGACAUCAUCUCAUGAACAACAAUGGCAUCCAUAGUAAUGGUAUCAGUGACCUUGCAAUGGCAGUGGAGGAUUCACUGGGUGAACUCUCCCCAAACCGCGACCGCAGGAGACGAGAUCGUCCUCUACGUACCUCUGCUGGACUCUACUCAUGCACCCAGUGCCCCAAGACAUUCCAGAAGCACAGCUCCCUGCUCAGACACGUGUACGAGCACUCAGGUGAGCCAAAAAGUAAGCGUCCACACGAGUGUAAGGAGUGCGGCAAGGCCUUUAAGCACAAGCACCACCUCAUGGAGCACGCGCGUCUUCAUAGUGGUGAGAAGCCAUACCAGUGUGACAAGUGCCUUAAGAAGUUCUCUCACUCCGGCUCCUACAGCCAGCACAUGAACCAUCGCUACAGCUACUGCCGUAAAGAGGACAAUCUCAACAGGGGGAUGAGCAAAGGUGGUAUGGAUGAAGAUGAGGAGAUGAUGGAAGAUGGAGAACUUGAAAGAUGUAAGCAGAGUGGGAUAGGGUACAAGGAUGGUCUCAUUUCAGCAUCACCACUUGCUUGAGUGACUAAACAAGAACCACCAAUAUAAACAUCAGGGGGAAACCCCAACAAGGAAAGCAGCAAAGGUAAAAGUUGAUGAAACCGAACAAAUGAACUAGACAGACUUUGUAGAUUGUGAUACAAGAUCACAAGCCCACUUCAUGAAGGGCAACCUCACCAGAGAGAUGAACAAGAGUCGUUAGAUCAAGACAAGAUUAUAAAGAGUGAAGAGUAUUGGUUGUACUGGGACAGAUACAGUAUUACCAGUGAGUCCCUAGUGCACCUAUUGUGAUGUCUCUUGCCAAAUAGUGAAAUGUAUGAAGACAAAGCUCUAGAUCAACCUGAGGUUGAAUACAAUGAAAUACUAGCUCUAUGAAUUUGCCUCAAAUUAGUAACCUUAUUGAGUACAAUGUGUUUCAAUAAAGACAUGAUCCGUAUCCACAAAUUCAAAAUUUAUUCAAGGAGUAUCAAACUAUGUACUUUUGCAAGUACGCUGUUACUGGGCUUAAUACAGACAGUAGCAGUCAAAACAAAUAUCAAUUUAUAGUAUUAAUUAUUUGUUAAAGCAUUGUGUUAAAAAUGAAACGUCCAUCUUUACUUCAAGAUUUUAAAGUAAAAACUCUCAUAUUUGAAUUGCCAAGUAAACACAAUUUGUGUAAGAAGCAUGUGUAAUACUUAACACUCAAACUGCUUGUCUCGUGAUAACUAAUUAUCAUGAUAGCUUCAUUGAUGUUUAUACACCGACAUCAUAACUCACACUCAUUUAAAAUAUUGAAAUUCAAGAACGUUUACUAGUUACAAAGAUGUCAACUUCUAGGAAAUCAUUCGACUUCACUCAACAUGAAGUUGAGAUAUUUUAGAAUGGCAGAGAGUAGUGAGUGAUCAUUGAUCAUAAAAUUACUGUAAUCUUAAUCUUUCAUGUCAAAACAGUUUUGUGAUGUUGGAUUAUUGCCAAAUUGCUAAAAAAAAAUACAAGUUUAAAAACAAGAAUCCCCAUACUCAUUUUCAACAUAAGUUGAAGUUAUUUAUUACAUCUUUAUGUGAAGCUCGACUUUUUGUUGGUGGAGUGAGUACAGACAUUUGCCGGCUGCAUACACCCAAAUCAUAAAGGUUUUUGUCUGGACAGAAGCCUUUGAUACAGGUGCAGGGAGAACUAUGUACAACACUACCAACGAAAAUGACAGCCAUUUAUUCUUGCCCAGUAGUGGUUUAAAGUUUGCAAUGUUCAAAGUGUGCUACAUAAUUAUUUAAUGCAACUGCUAUUAAGUAAAUUAGUCUAACUACUUGUAUGCUGCUUGUUCUGUUUAAUUGAUUGAUCAUUGAUUUGAUGUUUUCUAAGAAUAUUGGCAAGUCAAAGCAAAGUAUGUAUGGAACACAAAGCAUUAAAAGAACAAAAUUGCCCAAAAUAACACUCACUGGUAUAAAUGUGGGUUCCUAAAUCCACUCUUGACAUUUAAUCUCCCUUAGCAGCGGAUGGGGAUAAUCAUCCAGUUUCCUGACUUGGGUUCAGGAUGAAACUUCCAAUCAGUCUUUGUCACGAGAUGCCAAUUCCACAAAGCUGCCCCCUUUUGUGAGGGGGUUACAAAUCAGGAUGCGUACUCGCAUUCUCUGAGUACAUUCAUCUUGAGGUCUACAUAAUGCUGGUCCCCCUGAAAUAAAAAACAGAACCUUGAAUUUGAAUCUGAAGUUCUUCUGAAAAUGGAGACUGCACAUUACUGAAAAGUUAUCAAUUGUUCUUGAACAUUAUUAAAAUCCUUUCCAAACCAUCUUUCUCAACAAAAGAAACAACAACAAAAUUGUGUUGUACCUUUUGUUUUUAAUAUUAAUUUCAGAAUCAACUACUUGUACUGAACACCUUUUUGGGGGAAAAUUCUGUUUGUAUAACUGUAGAGGUAGAUUGGGUAAGACUGUGUAAACUGUGGUAAGUUGAAUCCCUGACCAAACAAAAACAUUAUUGGAACCCAUUCAUAAAGUUAAGUUUUGCUUCUUUGCUCAAGUACCACACUGUGGAUUGAUCCAAAAAGUGAUAGGGGUAACCCAUGCUGACAGGUAGUUUUUCAUCCACAUUUAACAAGUGUUUGUUAUAGGAAGUGGAGCAGGAUGUUACACUUCCCCCUCCCCCCUUAACUUUAUUAGAUUAUUGCUCCCAAAAGUGCAGCCAUACGGUCUGUGCACUUUACAGUUCGCCACAAUCAGUUAAGGUAAUCCAUUGAAAUGUUUGACCAAGUUAACCUUGAUUUAGCUUUUGAGACGGUACACUCAAAGCGUGUGUAGAAUUGUCAUUUCAUAAAGAGAAUAAUGUACUGACAAAAGUCAAGUAUCAGCAUUUGCUUCCUGCUGUCAAUUCUUGUUUUCACGAAUUCACACAUACAUGUAUCCUUAUGUAUAGACACCCCCCUCUCCUACACACAUACAAACACACUGUCGAGGGUAGUGGGAACUUGGAAGGGGACAAUUAAAAGCACAUUUCCAACUAUAACGCGGGAUGUGUUUGGUGUCAUUCACGAUGUUUUCGUUACAUCCUGGUGACCUUGGUGUAUUUAACUUGAAUCAUCCUAAGCUGAACAAACUUUGAUACCCUUUCACAGUUGCACUCAAUAACUGUCUCUGUUGUCAGUUGUAAAGAGUAUUGGUUUUGAAAGCAAAAACCUCUAGAUUGAGUAUUGGACACAGCAUUACUGUAAAGUUCAGAGCUAAUGGGUAGUUCACUCAGAGUAGAGUGUAAGAUUUCAUUGGUGAAGCCUAAUUAUAAGGUUGACAAGCUAUCUGUGUGCUAUUUCUCACUUCAUAAAUUGAAUGUUCUAUAUAAAACUGUCCGACACAUUUUCUGUGUGAUGGAGAUCUCUACACAGGGUUUUUUUUUUUUAUUUAUUCAUUUAAGCUAAGCAGAGUAUUUUUUAAACUGAAAUUAUAACUACAGCAAUUCAUGUAUCAGGGUCCAUCACCUGCAUUAAAAUUUGACUUCCAUAAAUGGUUGACAGUAUUAGUCGACGAGGGACAAGGAAAACUGUGCAGUUUCGAGGCAUGUUUGUGUGGGUCAUUGUGUUCAACUUUUACAACAUUCUGCAUUUUAUAACAAACGUUUACAAACGCUUUUCAGAGACCAACUCGACCAAUCCAAGGCAUUGUGUUCCUUUAAAACCUUCUAUGUGACAACAACCAUAUGAAGAGUUGGGUUUGGUUAUCCUUGUGUUCUACUAAACAGUAUUGUGAACCAGAGCUGCAUUAAUACUUAUUUAUCAGUAUCAACUGUUAUUCAUUGUUGUGAGGGUUAUUUAGUUUAGCUGUAAACAUGUAUAAAAACACAUGUAGAAAUCUGUGGAGACUGUAGAGAGUUUUUAAAAGACUGUAUAGUAUUUUAACAGUGACCACAUCAGCCAGCCAGUGAGUAUUGUUCAUAUUACAUUAUUUGUUUCCAGCAUUGUUGACAUGCAUGAAUGUAUAAUCGUGCGACAAGUUACAAGUAUUUUUCUAAAGAUGUCAGUUUGAAUCAAAAUGGGCAUCAUGAUCAAAUCAGUCUAAUGAGUGACAUUUUCACAAUUAUGACAAUCAGAAACUGUAUAAAAGAUGAUAAUCUGUGAUUCUACAAGUUCUCGUUAAAUUUACUCUUAGUCUCCAUCUAAAAGUCAUGUAAAAUGGAUUUUAAAGUGCUAGAAAAACAUGUAUAGUUACAUUGUCUUGACAAUAUUGUGUAGCUGUUAAUAAUGAAUCGUUUCUAGAGAGAAACUAACAAAAACAAAACUGUCAACAAGUACUAGGAUAAUGGGCAGACCAAACUAUGUUACAAUUCUAACAUGUGAUGAAAGUUAUGGUUUUUAAGAUUUUUAAGAGAACAUAAUCUGUUUGUAAAUAUUGUAUUUUUAAAUUGGAAGAUUUAAUCUCAAGCUUCCAAAUGUAUAUUUUUAUCAAAUCAAAACUGUUAAAAUACAGGCGAUCAGAAAUAUGAGUUUCUUCCACACAAACUAAGCAGAGAUAAAGAUCAAAACUCAACUUAUGAAAUUGUAAUUUAAAUGGGGUUAAUAUAAUAUGAAGAUAUUUUUUCUCAAAGCAGCUGUAAUAUAUUGCUUAAGGUCAGCUGUUUCCACAACUCCUAAAUUGUGUACAUGUAUUUGCCUUAAAGGGCCAACUACAAAACUCACAGUAAAAAUUCUUAGCAUGCAGUGUGAAUCAGACAGUCAGCUAAAAAAAAUGGGCAUUUUGUCUGUAUUUGUUGUAGAUUUUGCAGGUUUUGGCAAGCAGCUCAAACGUGUAAGUUUGUCCCUGUUCAUGCAUCAUGUGAUUUUGUGUUUCACAUAGUGACCUAUGACCUUUGUCUUUCUGUUAGUGUAGACUAUCAGCAGAAUUCCUUUUGGCUUUCUUCCUCCUCUGUGUAAAUUUAUCCAUUGGAGCUUCAGCAAUAUUGUAAAGCUUCUAUUUGCAGGUGUAUUGUUUAUGAGAUAUCAAAACAGCAUUAGGGAUGGGAAAACCACCAGCCAAGUAGGAAAUUAAUGCUAGAACAUAGUUUGUUGUAUGCAGGGUCUAGGACAAUGGACAUAUUGGUCAACUACUUAAAUGGUCUGAUUGUAGAAAUAACUUAGUAUUUAGUUUGGGGUUAGGGUAACAGGGUACAGGUUUAUUUGUAGAAUUAAACCAUUGCCCACGUUUGUUAUUGCCAUAAAUGCUAUAAUAAUGAUAUUGUUAAAACAAAGACUUACAUAUAGUUUAUUUCUCAAUGAAUCCAAGUGUGCUACCUUUAGAUAGGUUACUUUGACAACAGUUGAUUAAAGACACUUCUACUUUAAGUUAACUUUUUCAAUUAGUUCAGCAUGCAUUUAUUAUUUAAAUGGAUGGGCAAAAGCUACUUGGAUGUGCUGAUAAAAUCAAGGGUAAUGUACUGAAAGAUUUGUAAAAUCUUGCCAUACACACACUACCUUUUGCGUAAAAGGUUUUUUCUGUUCCUUUGCAAAGCCAGCAUUGGUUUAAGUAUACUGUAUUUAUUUCUGUUUCAGAGUGUGCUACUAAGUACAGAAUACUAUAUUCAGGUGUAAUCAAUAAACAACAAACUUUGUUUAGUUUUAAAAGUUGACGACUGCAUGCUCAAAUAACCUUUGAUCUGUAACUUAUUGUAAUCAGUGGGAUACAGAUUUCCCAGAAAGCGUGUAUUUAUUCCUUACAUUUGUACUAUUUAUUUCUAAGGCAGUGGUUGUGACCAUUGUGAUCUACAUGUACAUAGCAAAGAUAAGCUAUGGAUGUCUAAAGUAACAACAAAUGUAAUUAUUUAUGUACUCCUGUUAUCUCUUGUCUUCUUGAUUUGAUGCAAUAAAACUGUUUGAUGAAGAAAGA